AUGUCCAUUGAUGGCCACAAUGUCAAGAUAAUACAAACUAUACGAGGCCAUACAAGUGAUGUCACCUGCUGCGAUUUCGCGCCAAAUUUCACUUUAAUCACUGGAUCUAGCGACAAGACCGUCCGGAUAUGGGACUGGACCGGCGGCAGAGGCUACACAGAGCGCUCGUGCAGUCCGCUGCGCGCGCACAAGUACCAGGUGACGUGCGUGCGAGCGUCGCCGCAAGGCUCUAUGUUGGCCAGCGCCUCCGUCGACGGCACGGCGGUGGUGUGGAGCGUCGCGACGUGCGCCCGGCUCUACACGAUGACGCAGGUGAACGGGGACGCCGUGCGGGUGUGCAGAUUUUCGCCAGACAGUGCCAUAUUAGUAACGGCAGGUGAUAAUGGAGCGAUAUGUAUUUGGGAUUUGGUUCAUAGGAGUUUAAUCAAAACGAUAUUCGACCACGAAGGUACCACGCAAGCUCUAGCCUUCACCCCCGAUUCGCAGUACCUGGUGACGGCGUGCUCGUUGGAGGUGGUGCGCGUGUGGCUCGUCCGCGACCUGGUCGACACCGCUGCCGACGCCCUGUGCUGCCCCCUGGCCAGGGUGGACAACGUGCAGGACAUGGGGGUGCUGUCGGUCGACGUGUCCAGACGGAUCACUUUCGACGAGAACGACCCCCUGAUCCGCAAAUACAACCUAGCCACCAGCGGCAACACCAACGAAAUCCGCCUGUGGACGAUCACAACGAAAUCCCUACUCAAACAAAAAACCGCCUGCGCUUCGAGCACCAACGAAGUCCUCGUCGAACCGUUCGACGUCUACGACGGCCACGCGUCCACCGUCACCAGCGUCCGUUUCAGCCAUUCCGGCGCCUACUUGAUCUCGACCAGUCUCGACAAGCUGGUCAAGGUGUGGGACGAGCAGGGGAACUGCGUCGCUUCUUUGCAGGGCCACGACAGAUACGUCAAUUGCGCUGCAAUAUCACGUGAUGCCACAUUACUAGUGUCAGGUUCCAAUGACAAACAAGUGAUCGUGUGGGACCUGAAGGGCAAUCUCACCUUGGACUCGGAACUGAACCAUUUCCGGACGAUCUCUGCCUUCGCCGACGGUGUUUCAGAGAACCAGAUGGCGGAGAACGUCGACCCCAACGGCAAUAAGGUGACUUUGCUGGAGAAGUUGGACGAUGUAGCAGAAGGUACCAUCAACAGUUGCAGCUUCUACGGGAACAGUCUUCUGGCUACAGGAUCAGGGUAAGAAGAAACUGCAGGUUUCUGUUCAAUGAGUA